ACAAAGAUGGCGGCAUCUACGCUGUCAUUCCGGUGGCUAGAGAUUUUGGAGAAAGAGUUUGACAAAGCUUUUGUAGAUCUGGAUCUGUUACUGGGAGAUAUUGACCCUGACCAAGCAGAUCUCACCUUUGAUGGUCGACAGAAAAUGACCGCUCUCAGCGCAGCAUUUGCACAGCUCUGUCACAAGGCGCAGACUAUUUUCCAGACCAAUGCGAAAUUGGAGGCCCAGCUAUUAGACAUGAGAUCGGAAAUGUGUGAAGUACGUGCAUCUAGGAGUAUCAUGGAACGUGAAGUACACAACACCUUGCUACAGCUCCAUGCUGCACAACUACAGCUACACAAGCAAGCUGGGCAUGAGUUUGAUUCUGAGGCGAUCAAGAAAAAAUUAGAAGAUGAAAUGGGGGCCAGACAACAGGAAGGUGUAAUGGAAGCCCAACUGGAAGCAGAACUUAAACAGAUGAAGAAAGAAAAUGAAGAACUGAAGCAGUACAUCCUUGCCAUGCAGGGUGAGGUUUAUGGUGCCAGACUAGCAGCUAAAUACCUGGAUAAAGAGCUGGCUGGAAGACAUGAUCAGGGGCAGAUUGUGGCCAUCUUCUGGGCCCAGCUAUUAGACAUGAGAUCGGAAAUGUGUGAAGUACGUGCAUCUAGGAGUAUCAUGGAACGUGAAGUACACAACACCUUGCUACAGCUCCAUGCUGCACAACUACAGCUACACAAGCAAGCUGGGCAUGAGUUUGAUUCUGAGGCGAUCAAGAAAAAAUUAGAAGAUGAAAUGGGGGCCAGACAACAGGAAGGUGUAAUGGAAGCCCAACUGGAAGCAGAACUUAAACAGAUGAAGAAAGAAAAUGAAGAACUGAAGCAGUACAUCCUUGCCAUGCAGGGUGAGGUUUAUGGUGCCAGACUAGCAGCUAAAUACCUGGAUAAAGAGCUGGCUGGAAGAAUACAGCAGAUUCAGCUGUUGGGCAGAGACAUGCGAGGACCAGAACAUGACAAAUUGUGGAACCAGCUGGAGGCAGAGAUACAUCUUCACAGACACAAGACUGUUAUCAGGGCAUGUAGGGGGAGAAACAACAACAUCAACAAGAAGAAGUUGCCCAUUCCUCCGGGACAUGACUUCAGUUCAUUAAGGAAACGUCAAGGUAUUGGUGAUGUUCGAACAAUUACAGUGCAUAAGGGAAAUGAAGAAGGGCUUGGAAUGUCCAUUACUGGUGGGAAAGAACAUGGCGUACCUGUACUAAUAUCAGAGAUACAUGAAGGCCAGCCAGCAGAAAGAUGUGCUGCCCUCUAUGUGGGAGAUGCUAUACUGUCUGUAAAUGGAAUUGACCUCAAGGAUGCUAAGCAUGCAGAGGCAGUUGAGAUUCUGUCCCAACAGCAAGGUGAUAUAGAGCUGGAGGUUGUCUUUGUUGCUCCAGAUGAAGACAGUGAUGAUGAGAACAAUGAGUAUGAAGAUGACAAUGGGUUCAGGUACAGAAUGUAUGACCCAGAAGUAGCCAGUGUUAGCAGCACCCACAGCAACCAGCCUCUAAUGGCUAAUGGUUCUCCUGCACACUUUGCCCACAGUGACGAUAAUGGAUCAACAUUAAGUCUGGAUAUGAACUCAAGUGCAAAAACAAAUUUGAAGCCCAAGAACAGAAAUUUGAAAAUAAAUAUGGACUCUGUCAUUCAAGAAGAAGAGGAGGGAGAUGGAGAAGAGGACAAGGAGGAAAAAGAAUCAGUUGACAGUGAAAAAAAAGAACAAACUGCAAUGAAUACAAAUCAAAUGAAGGGAAACAUAACUGAAAACACAUUAGAAAUAGAUCAGAAUGAUUUGAAGAAAGGAAACACAUCAUCAAGUGAUAAAAAUUUUGAUAUAUUAGAAACUGCGAAAAGAACUAAACCAAUGUCAUAUUUGAAAUCUCAGCCCAAGCCACCAGGAUCACCAAAAAGGGUAUCUCUAGAAUACUUGGAUGUAGGAUCACUUCAAGCUAAAGCAGCAGAGAUAAAUCAAAUUAUACCAGAGUCUCAGUCUAGAUAGAAUUAAAAUUGAUAUUGUACCAGAGUCUCAGUCUUGAUAGAAUUAAAAUGCCAUCGAGCUUGCCGUUGUUGAGUCUUGUGGCUUAGGUUUAGUCUUUUGCAAUUUGGUAUUUGAAAUUAAAAUGGUUGUUUGUAUCCCGAGUUAUCAAGGUCUUUAAGGUAUCAUAUUGGCAAAGUUUUGAUAGAGGUUAUAUAUUGAUAAGGGGACUUCUAAUAGCUCAAAGGUUACUAGAAUUCAUUUAUGUGCAUCAGCAUUUUCAAGAAAUUUAAUCUGUGUCAGCCUUUUGACUGUAUAUUGUUCUAUUAUUUAUUUAUUUUGACUACUUAUAUCAUUGUACAUGGAUUAUUAAAAAAGAGUGAAAGAGCAUUAGCUAAUUUGUUUUUAACUUAACAUUAUGUGUCACUUAUCAAAUCACAAAUGAAAUUAUUGCAUUUUUACCUCAAAAUUAGGGUUAUAUAGUCAAAUAGAUUGACUGUAGAGGUACACAUUUUUUUUUGUUGUUACCAAUUUUUUUCAAAGUGAUCAAGAUUUUAAUCCAAGAAUCAAUAAGCAACUUGAGAAAUUGCCAAUUUGAAACAUAGGAGGGAGCGAUUUUCUUUUGUUAUGCUUUCUGUGAUUUGGCAGUGAUAAUUGUAAUAAACUUAGGUGUUUUUAUAUCAUAAUUAUGCUGAAGUGGGUCUGUUAUGGUACUUUGUAAUUUGUGUCUGUACAGGAUAUGUACAACACAUGUGGUAAUGUUGCUUUGGAUGUAGCAGUCAAACUGUACAGUAGGCAGGACCAAAGGUUUUGGUGCAAGUUCGUAUAAUAGACAUAAUAUCCAUUGCUGUACUGUUUAUUAUUAAUAUUUAAGAAGAUAUGAAAAACCACUUGAUGUAGAUGUCGAUUAGUAUAAAUGUCGAUUAUCUUAUGGAGAUAAAUAUUUUUGUUUUGUCAUACAUUUCAUAUCAACAGUUUUGAACCCUUUACAUUUAGUUAACACCUACAUGCUGAUCUUCUUUACACAUGAUAUUCUAAACUUGUUAUGUUUAGUUUAUUUUACGCAUCAUCAUUUCCUCUUUCACCAUUUAUUUAAACAGAGAAGACUUAGUUUAAAGGUGAUUGGAUUAUUUGAGUAAUCAACCCAUAGAAAGUUCAUUAAUUGGUCUUCCACAAAAUGUAGUCUUCAAAAUAUUUUCCAGAAUCUUUUCAAAGGAUAACUUUUAAUACAAAAAAAUUUUAUUGAGCAAUGAGAGAUACAGGUCAGUUAGGUAUGAGAAGUCAUUUGCACCUCAUGUCACCAUAUAUUGCUCACAGCCUUUAUUUGCUGAGAAAUGAGUAGUUAUCUUUUGAAUAAAGUCCCUUGAUAUAUUUGAGCUUUUUGUUUUUACCCGAUACAUCUUAUUUGGGGUACAGUUAAUGAAUUUACUCUUAUUUCCUCUUUUUUUCUUUAAAUUUUUUUUUGUAGUAAACAUGUAUGAUAUUCAAGAGUCAUCGAAGGUUUUAAAAUGUACUUACAUUGCUAAUAUUUUUCAAAAAUUGACUUAAUGCUGCAAUUAGCUUUACAACAGGUUUUAGGUCUUAAAUAAGAAGCACUGAAUCCUGUCAAAAUUAAAUGCCAUUUGCUAAGAUUUUCACGAAUAAAACCAGAUUUUAUGGUUCGCCUUAUCUAUGAUGUUUUAACUGAAAUGUAUGACUAUUGUACAUGCACAGUCAUUUUGUUGUAAGGUGUAUUCAUUGAUAUUAUUUCAUUGUUCAUUGAGAGUUAUGGGCUUUCUUGGUGUAAUAAUGAGGGUCAUAAAAUAAAAGGGAAAAAUGAA